GCCGUCAGCAGCAUGCAGGGUUUUCAGAUAAACUUCUGUGAAAAGGCGCAAAGUAAACGCAAAGCACUGAAGUUGAAUUUUGCCAAUCCACCAUUCAAAUCUACAGCCCGCUUUACCCUGAAUCCUUCCGGAGUCCAAAAUCCACACAUGUUAGGCGGCAAAAUCCAGGAUUUCAAAAGCUAUCUGCCAAAGGAAAGAUGUGUAGAUACCUCUUCAGUUUCCACAGGGAGAGAAGCGGACCUCGUCCAGAAACUGUCCAGCAGGCUACAAGAGAGGCUGAGGACGCACAGCAUCGAAUCGUCAGGAAAACUGAAGAUCUCCCCCGAACAACACUGGGAUUUCACUGCAGAGGACUUGAAAGACCUCGGAGAAAUUGGACGAGGGGCCUACGGUUCCGUCAACAAAAUGGCCCACAAGCCAAGUGGGCAGAUAAUGGCAGUUAAAAGAAUUCGCUCGACCGUGGAUGAGAAAGAACAGAAACAGCUCCUUAUGGACCUUGACGUCGUGAUGCGGAGUAGCGACUGCCCGUAUAUCGUGCAGUUUUACGGAGCGCUCUUCAGAGAGGGUGACUGUUGGAUCUGUAUGGAGCUCAUGUCUACCUCGUUUGAUAAGUUUUACAAAUAUGUAUAUAGUGUAUUAGACGACGUUAUUCCGGAGGAAAUUUUAGGCAAAAUCACUUUAGCUACUGUGAAAGCACUAAACCACUUAAAGGAAAACUUGAAAAUCAUUCACCGAGACAUCAAACCUUCCAAUAUUCUCCUGGAUCGGAACGGGAAUAUAAAGCUCUGUGAUUUUGGCAUCAGCGGUCAGCUGGUGGACUCCAUCGCCAAGACGAGAGAUGCUGGGUGUCGGCCGUACAUGGCGCCAGAGCGGAUAGACCCGAGCGCGUCCCGGCAAGGAUACGACGUCCGUUCCGAUGUGUGGAGCCUGGGCAUCACGCUGUACGAGCUGGCCACGGGCCGAUUCCCGUACCCCAAGUGGAACAGCGUCUUCGACCAGCUGACGCAGGUGGUGAAGGGAGACCCCCCCCAGCUGAGCAACUCGGAAGAGCGGGAAUUCUCUCCCAGUUUCAUCAACUUCGUCAACCUGUGCCUUACAAAGGAUGAAUCCAAAAGGCCAAAAUAUAAAGAGCUUCUGAAACACACCUUCAUCCUGAUGUACGAGGAACGGGCGGUGGAAGUGGCCGGCUACGUCUGCAAGAUCCUGGACCGGAUGCCGGCCUCGCCCGGCUCGCCCAUGUUCGUGGAUUGAUCCCGACUAGGCCACGGGGCCGCCGGCCGGGCCACGCGUCCACACGCAACACACACGACACACACAAACCGUACCCCUUCUUCCCACCCUGUUUGAAGCCCCCCCCCCCCAACUGGGGGACGACAGGGGUGUCGGGUCGCCCCCACAUCCGUGUCUUCCCACCCCUUGGAAAGUGCCACCCCCUCACCUCUUCUCCCAGUGUCCGUGCCGGUCUGAGGCCUGCCAUCCCCGUCUCCUCCCCCGUGAACCGCGAGCGUAAGUACAGUUGAUUUGUCCGCGGCUUCUUGACUCCGGGGCGUCUUCCCGGGCCACGGCCUCCUCCGCCGGAGCUUGGCGGGCGCCCGCGGAGAACCCCCCGGUUCCAUCACCGCCCUGGGCCCCGCGAGGCCGGAGGAGGACCCGGCGUUUCCUUCGCAAAGUGCAAUAGGGCGGCCGGAGGAAGGGUGAGGAAAGCGAGCGGACUGUUUUCUCUACCAAAAACGACGCUGUGGGGAAGAGAGGCCGAGGGGAGGGUCUUCGGAGCCGGGACGGAGCGCAUCCCCGCCCCUCCACCUCGGGGAGCCCGCCGGCGGGAGGCAGGCCGACGCGGCGAGCCGUCCGGAAGAUGCUCCCGCCCGGACCUCGGAGCGGGGAGUGAAUGUGGGCACCCCACAUUAAUCCCACCGGGCCUCGCGCCCUCCCCUUCCAGGGGUCUGCCCAGCCGCCCCCCUUUAGCGGGAGGGCAGACCCAAGCUCGGGGCCGACGGGGGCAAGUUUCCUUCCAACGCCCCGAGACCAAAUGUCCGAACUGUCGUUCCCGGCCUCCUCCCGUGCCUGGCUGAGGCUGCUCCGGAGAGCGUGUGAGUACCUGUGACCCCUCGGCUCUGUCUGAUCCCUUUCUUCGUGUACAAACACCGAGUCCGGAGCUCGGCGGUCGGUCGGCACUCGGCCCGGGCGACGGGGACCCGCUGGCGGAACGGGGGGCCGGAGACCCCCUCCGCGCCCCCGUCUUCCGAGGAGCCCCGGGACUCCCCCCAUCCUCUCCCCCGCGCCCGUCCGGGGAAGGGUUUUAAAAACCAACGGAGGACUCGGUCCGGUCCCCACGGGUCAGAGGGGUCUCGGCCGUGGACGGGGGCCGCGUCGAGGGGGACCGGAGGUAAAGGCGAUUUAUUAGCAUAUUAAUCACAGAUUAUUAUAAACUAUUAAGGGCAAGGAGUUUAUUACAGUGUAUCUUUAUCAAAAAAUAAAAGGUGUGUAGUGUUCACGGACUGUGAAAAUAGUGUAAGAACUCUGCAUUGUGAACUCUGAUUAUUUUUUUUUUCCUCUUGUACCAUAGAAAAAUGUAUAAAAAUUAUCAAGAAGCUAACGUGCAGGGAUAUUGCCUUAUCUGUCCGUAAAAUGGAGCUCAGUAACCUAACCGCUUCUCAGAGCUUGGAAAUAUUUUAUCCUAUAUCCUGGUUUGACUCCUCCUCCGCUAUUUAAGGUAUUCUACUUGGAACCCCAGUGUUUAUGUCAUAGUGCUAGCCUUCGCCUGCGGGUCGGUUGUAAUAAAUCUAGGAUGUGAUGGUGAGCUUGCUAUUUUCAUUUUCGAAGGGCAGAUGUGUCGGGGCGGGAAAACGCGCCCCGACACGUCCAGCCCUGCGGCUCGUCCCCCUCCGGUCCGCUUCGGCCUAGCGUCGACGAUCUCGCUCUGUACUAUGCACCGUGUAACUUAUGAACUUGUUCGAAAAUAAAAUGGAAACCC